AUGAGAGAUCAACAGUUAGCGGUUAGGAUCAAAGCUGCUAAGGACAGGAAGAGGAUGAGGCUGGGCCUACCACCAGAAGAAGAUGAACCUCGGAAACCACAAAAACCCUGUGAAUCAGAAGAAGAAAAGGAAAAACGAGAAGAAGAACAGAAAGAACGAGAGACAGCUGAGAAGAAAUUGGAGAAACUAAGGAAGAAACAUGUACGUCCGUGGGAUAUUGGGAAAGAAGGUGUGACCAUUUUUGAAGAAAUGGCUCAAGAUGAGUGGCUAGAGAAGAAGCGGGACGAACGUCCUCAUGAAUUUGCUCCUCCUCAAACGUAUACAAAAAGGCAGAACUUCAGGAGUACAGUGAAAAAGGAAGCAGUUCAAGGUGGAUACAAGAAAGAGGGAUUGAAAUUCUCUACAAUUAAAAAUAGUAAAAACUAUAAUAAAGCGAAAAAUAAAAUGUCAGAUUUUGAAAAGAUUCCCCUAAGCCAACCCAUUUUAUCAACACCAGUACAGGAUGAACCCUGUGGGGAUUUCGAUAACGCUCUUUUAGAAGAUUGCAGAAAAUUUAGCAAUCAAAUAAAAAGCAAUGUGUAUAAUGCCGAAGCUAACUACGGUGCUUCAGAAACUAAAAGAGGAAGACUCGCUGAAAACAAUAAUGAUUUUCAGAAUAAUAUAUUAGCGGAUUACAGACGAUCAAUGGAACAAUCAGACCCUAACGUACAUUCUUUUGGAGCUUCCCCAGAUUUUGAAUACGUUAUAAUGACACAUCCACCAAAAACAAUGUCUGGCGGUAUCAAAAUUGGAGAAUCUCCACCCCCAUAUUUCAAAAGAGGAAAUGACCGAAGUGAUUUUGAAGAUGCUCUUAUGGUACAUCCAAAGAAGUCUGUAGCUGGUACACAUCACAAUAAAAUAAAUUUUGGCGAAUCACGAUCUUUCUUUAAGAGAGAAAGUGAUAGGGACCAUUUUGAAGAUACCAUAAUGACGGAAAAGGUAGCUUCUUUAAGCUCCAGAAAUGUGGAAAUACCGUCAAGUGACUUUGAAGAUCCUCUUCUAGCAGACUAUAGAAGCAGAUCGUCGCAAAAUGAUAGAGGUAACAGUAUAGAGGUACCUCCACCUCCUACUUUUAACUACUACGGGCCCAGUCGCAGAGGGACAAAAGAAAAAGUUGCGAAACUAGGAGGUGACGAGAUAGAAAAAAGUAUUGAGGCAGGAUUGAAGUUACUCAGAAAGCAAGUGGAGGAGAAGGAAAAGAGUAAAGGGAGACCGGAUGAAAUCUUCCUGUUGUAAAGUGAAAGAAUUAUAUAAUUAUAUUUUAGAAUAUUUUGUUAUUAUGAAUAUUCCAUGGUUUCAUUCAUAAAAAAAUGGUUUCAGCUUCAGGUUUCCUAUUAUAUGAUUUAUGAUUGAGCAAGAUGUCUGGUCAUCAUUCAAGUUCGCUCCAAACUGACUCAUUAUGCCACUUUGUUUCAAUUUCUCAGUUUUAAAGGACAUUCCGCACUGUCUGCUAUGCAUCAGGCUUUGAGCAGAUUUUAUGUAAAUUCGUCCUCUAUCAGCUUUUGGUUGGGUAAAGUCCCAUUUGACAUGAAAGAGUUGAAGUACCUUCAUAUGACUUUCUAGCAGACUAUAGAAAAAGGGAUGGAGAGGUACUUUCACCUCCUACUUUCGACUACUAUGCACAGUAGCGAAGGAGCAAAAGAAAAAUUUGCGAAAUUAGUAGGCGACGGGAUAGAAAAAAGUAUUGAUGCAGAAAUGAAGUUAGAAGGCAAGUGGGGGAGAAGAAAAUGAGAUGAAAUCUUCCUGUUGUAAAGUGAAAUAAUCGUGUGAUUAUAUUCUAUAAUAUAUUGCUUACUAUGAACAUCUGAUUGUUUUAGUCAUAAAAAAUAUAUUCAGCUUCACGUUUCAUUCAUUACUGAGCAAAGUGUCUGGCUUUCAUUCAAGUUUGCUCCAAAUUUUCUGUCAUUAUGCCAGUACGUGUCUUGGUUUCUUCAUUUUUAAAGGGCACUGCCUAAAUACAUUUUAUGUGCAUUCUUCCUCUACCUAUAAGCUUUUGGUUGAGUAAUGUGGCAUUUGACAUGAAGGAGCGAUCUUGACUGGGGAAGAUAACUGACUGACGAUUACAGUAAUUUUUAAAUUUUUUGCUGUUGGCGAUGAAGUUACGUGCAAAAAAUUUCAUAUCGUUGCCAAACAUCCUUUAAUGCUUUUUUAUUAUAUUCUUGUUUCCGUGUUUGAGGAAAUAAGCGUUAGUCUAAAUGCUUUAUGCAAUUUUCCAAAUAUCACGCAACUACAAUACAAGGUAGAAAGUAUAAUUUAAGAAAAAAUCCAAAGUCAAAAUUCAUAAUUGUAUGCAUUUUUUAAAAUGAUAUAUAUGAUCCAAUAGAAUGAUCUACUACUUCAGACAACACCGAUUAAUUAUUAAGCAAAAUCCGCUGGAAGUACUUAUAGUUUUGAUAUUAGUUAAGCACCUUCAAAAAGCCUAGCUAACGGUGGCCUUUUUCAACAUACAACGUACAAUGAUGUUUUCAUAAUAACCUUUUUUUUUGUCUUCCAGAUGACAGAAAUGUCAGUUGUGACUUCAUUUUAUAUAGUACUUUCAAAACAGCUACAAGGGAGCCGAAACUCCAGUAGUCUUAGUUAUUAAGACGGCCAACCAUGAACAGCUGUGUGGUGCUUUUGGCAACUCUUCAGCAUGGUGUAGGCUCGGUAUCAAUGUACAACGAAUGAAAGCUUCUCCAGUAGACUUUUCGUAACAUCUGUUGUUUCAGUUAUCAGUCAGGGGAACAUGGAGAUGAAUCAACUACAGGAUUCGCUUCAGAAGUUACAUUAGUUAAGCAGGUACAAUAAUUCACGAAAUAUUAAAAAUCAAUGACUCUUUAUUAUCUGUAAAACACAUAUAUUAUAGUAAAUGAUAAAGGUUUGAGCUCAAAAAUAUUUUAGCUUAAAAUAUAAUCAAUCAUAUAUGCCAGCAUAACAAUUUGUAUAAAAAUUGCUCAUAGAAAAUGUGCUUUGCAAUAAUCGACAACGUAUAUAAGAAUAUGUAAAAUGCUAACAAUAAAAAAGUACAGAUUAUUAUUGUAAUGCUUAAGAAUGUAUGUUUAUCAAAUGUAAUUUUUU